UUUAAACAGGGCGCCGUAGGGCAUAUUAGUCACGUGACAUUUGGAACUUCUCUCGCUCCAAGGGCCUUCUAUAUGCCAAACGUCACGUGUAAAUUUCACGAACCUUGAUCAAAUCGCCCCAGGCGCCCUGUUUUCAUCGUCGUCCAAUCGAGCAGCGUGCGCCGGUUGUUUAUCAUGCGUGUACUUGCCGGGAAUUGAUACCCGCGCUGGUCUCUCAGGGCUUAAUUUUCAUUCUUAUUGAAACUUAAAACAUCACGCUGCUUCAUCAUGAAUGUCUCAAAGCUCAAGAUUGCUGAGCUGAAGAAGGAGCUGAAGGAGCGUGGGCUGCCAACGAGCGGCAACAAGGGUGAGCUGGCUGCCCGACUGCGGGACGCGUUGACCGCCGAGGGUGCUGAUGGCUCACACCAGGAGGAUGACCUGGAGGCCAAGGAGUCUGAACUGCUUGGGGAGGAGGAGGAGGAAGAGGACGCUACCAAUGAGGAGCUGGACACGAAGCUCCUGGACACAUCUACCGCUCCGCCAGCGGCGGCCACGCCCGCCGCCAAGCCCAAGAAGAUCGUCAUCAACCGAGAGGCGGCCGAGUCGGCGCAGCAGGCGGCCGCCACCGCCAUCGCAGAGGCGGCCAAGGCGGUGGCGGUCGAGCCGGCCGCCCCCGCCACCGCCCCCGCCCCGGUCACCGCCCCCGCCGCCGGCGACGCGCCGCCCGCCAGCAAACGCAUCAAAAUCACCGGCCUCUCAGAAUCAGAGCGGCUCGCCAAACGGGCCGAGAAGCUGGGCGGCGUGCCUGUCGCCGAUAAACUGUCCAACGUGAAGAUCAUGACGCCUGAGGAGCGGAAGGCGGCGCGGCUGGCCAAGUUCGGCUCGUCGCCCGCCGCCCCUGCCGAUGCUCCGGCCGCCGACAAGCCCGCUCAGAAGAAUGGCGGUGCUGACGAUCUAGAGAAGCUGAAGAAGCGGGCGGAUAGAUUCGGAGAGGCGGUCUCGGCGAAAGUUGUCUCGCUGGAGGAAUCCGAGCGGCUCAAGAAGCGAAAGGAACGCUUCGGCAUCGUCACAGCUGAGGACGCCAAGGCGAAGAGAGCGGCUCGCUUCUCCUCGAGUGCGCCGGUCGACCCGGCCACAGAGGACAAGAAGAAGCUGAGGGCGGCCCGGUUCGGUCUGGCGUAGCGGCGCCGCCGCCCCCCAGCCGUGUUCAGAGGACAGGGCGGCGGACGGAACCUCGCCGCGGCGAGGCGCCCAGUGACGGGGCGCGAUCCGCACCGCCGCGUCACCCGCUGAGGAUGAACGUCCCCGUCCGGCGCCACCGGCCGCCUCACGGUGGGACGGCGACGGAGGCGAGAGCUGAACGGCGGUCCUGACCGGCGUCUGCUGUGCGGCAGCUGGUUGGAGGGCAGAGGAACGCCCAACUGCCGCGCUGCCAGGACAUCGGACCGCGUGGACGUGCAGAAGCGGGGGCCGCGUUGACGUGCAGAAGUACAACAUGUCGGUGGUCGGCGGCUAGUCUGUCGCGUGCGGAGCGCCGGUCGCGCGAUUCACGCUCGUUAGUGCUUGGAUGUCAUUUGUAUCCCAGUGUGUUGCCAUUUGCUGAGGUUGAACAUUGUUUCUUUUAAAACAAAUUCACGGAAAAAUAUUCCCAUGUAAGAUGUACUGUGUGCUUUGCAUAGAACAAUUGCUUUGUCCACUUCUUUUGUUGUCAAGUGCACCUUUUUUACCUCGAUCCCUAAUUUUGGGGACAUCUUCCAAAGUGCGGUCCAAAAGUCAAUACAACCGCUGAAUUUU